UGGUGGCACGCAAUUUAACACUCACGUUAAGUUGUCUGCUUUGCAAGUCACACUGGAAUUUUGCUUUAUGUCACUUGCGGUCGCACUGACACCAAAAAAAAAAACAAACAAAUAAAUGUAAACAAUUUAAGUGAAUUCGCAAAUCAAAUUUUAAUGUUUAGCUAUACACUGCCUUGCGGGGGCUUUAAAACACUGACUAAAAUCACUGAGACGGGCAUAAGCUUCGAUCCACCCGUUUAUGAGCAGCGCUACUGCGCUGCCAUUCAGAUUUUAGAGGAUGCGCGUUGGUUAAAGGAAAUCAAAAAGGUUACCGAAUUCGGUUGCGCGGAGAUGCGUCUCUUCCAGUUGAUGCGGCGCAUCGAAACUAUCGAGAACAUCUUGCAGGUGGACGUUGAUCAAGAAACUUUAAAAACGCAUUUAAAUCGCACAAAUCCUUUAGUUUCCGAUUUUAUAAGGGAAAGGCAAGCACCUUUGCAAGUUCAAGUCUUGCUUGGCAGCGUUGCAGAUGCAGCAGAUGAACUAAGAAAUACAGAUGCAGUCAUAGCAUUAGAACUCAUCGAGCAUGUCUAUGAAGAUGUGCUGGCUAAAAUACCAGGAAACAUCUUUGGUUUUAUGCAGCCAAAAAUUGUCAUUUUCAGCACUCCCAAUUCGGAAUUUAAUGAAAUUUUCACGCGCUUCAGUUCGCUUCUGCCAAAUGGAUUUCGUCAUCACGAUCAUAAAUUUGAAUGGACAAGGGAAGAGUUCAAGUCCUGGUGCUUGGGCAUAACAGAACAAUAUUCAAAUUAUAUGUUCGCCCUGCUUGGAGUGGGUGAUCCGCCCCAAGGCGAUGAAGCUGUGGGUCAUGUUUCCCAAAUAGCUCUGUUUGUUCGGAAGGAUACACUGGGUGUCUCCUUAACCGAACCACUUACAAUACAACCUGCUCUAGACACGAUAUCCAACUAUCAAAGCUUACAUACAGUAGACUUUCCUUAUAAUAAGGACACUCGCACACCAGAGGAAAAAAUCUGGGCAGAAAUUGAAACUCAAUUGUAUCGCUGUACGCGGGACGAGGAUAACUAUGAUACUGAGCGAUGUGUAUAUAAGCUCUCCUUGGAUGAACUAGCGCGGAGAUUGGAAUAUUUGGGCGCGACGCGUGAACUGCUAGAGAAGCUAUUGCAACUGCAUAAGAAAAUGAUUGAAAAUGAUUUUGUAUUGAUUGAGGAGGAGCAGGAGGAGGAGGAGGAGAUUGAAUGCAGCGAUUGGGAGAAUCCAAUUUAUGAGCAGAGCGAGCCUGGUGUGCCAAUAGAAGGGAGUCUAGAGGAAGAAAAUUGGGAUGUAUGAAAUGUAUA